AUGACAACCGGGAGAAUUUAUGCAGUUUCAUCGCAAUACUUACAGUUAACUACCAACAUAGCCGAAAUUGAAUGGGUAGAAUCACAAUUACCCGAACAAACUAAUUACUUACAGGAUCUGCAAUUAAAAGUUGCGGUUAAGCGUAGUGAACUGGAUAAAUUGCGUAAACAAACGUAUUUAUUUUCGAUUCCUUCAAAUCUUCCAAAGAAAGAAUUUAAAGAAGUCCAAGAUUUAAAACACUUUACAGUGAAACGAUUGACUGCGCAAUUAACACAUAAACUAGAAAAGAAACUUAAAAAAGAGGAAACUGAUUAUUUAGCAGCAUUUGAAAAAGAACAAAAUGAGAAAACUGCUUUGGAAAUGUUGGAAAAUGAGUUACAAGAAGCUAAUCAAAUGGUGUUCACAGGCUCAAUUCCUGGCAACGAAAAUGCCUUAAUAAAUGCCUUAGAAAGUGAAGUUAAUAUUCUAUAUACUCAAUUCAAUCAGGUUUCCAUAGACGUUAAUCGCUAUCAAUCAGCCGAAAAACACAUAGGAAAUGCACGAAACUUACUUUCUCAAGCAAUAAAAAGUUUACGUCAAGCUCUUGGAUAUAACUCAUGGGAUCGUCAUUCUAACAGCAGGAUUGCUAAUUUUUUUGAACAAGGAAGUUUGGCCGAUGCACGUAACUAUUCAAUGCAAGCUCAAGUCCAAAUAGAUCAAGCAAGACAAUAUGUACCUGAAAUACAUCAAAUAAACGUAACCCAAGGAACUUUUGUCUUGGGUGUUUUGUUUGAUAAUUUUUUUGUAGAUUUAUAUAUAAGAACAAAAAUUGAAGCUUCAAUAAGAUCUUUAACAAACCAGUCAAUGCAAUUAGACGGUAUAUAUCGAUGGCUUCAAAAUAAUAUAUCAAAUUUUUCCAACAUUUACAAACAGAUGGAAAGAGCUUACUUUUCAAAACGUAAAGAACUGUCGAAAGAACGCAUUAAAAUAUUUGAAAGAGUUUUAAGACAGGAUAAUGCUACAAACCCUAUACAAAGUUCUAACGCUAGCAACAUGUCAACUGAUAUUUUAGAAAGUAACAAUGACGAGGAUGAUGCAUUGCCUAGUUAUGAUGAAGCGUUAAGACAACCAUCUGUUAUGUAA